CGAGGCCGGUGGGCGGAGUCCGGUCGCCGCAGCGCGCAGGCGUCGACCUCAUGUUGCGCGCCGCAUCCCGUGCCGUUGCCCGUGCAGCUGCCCGCAGUGCCAGUCGUCCCGGGCCGUCCGACGUUCGCGCCGCUCCCUCCGUCGCCAUGUCCCGGCCAUCGCGGGCCGCCUCGGGCGGCCCAGCGCUGCCUGGCACCGUGCUGGGCACCAUGGAGAUGGGGCGCCGCAUGGACGCCCCGGCCAGCGCCGCGGCCGUGCGCGCCUUCCUGGAGCGCGGCUACACCGAGCUGGACACGGCCUUCAUGUACAGCGACGGGCAGUCUGAGAGCAUCGUGGGCGGCCUGGGGCUCGGGCUGGGCGGCGGCGACUGCAAAGUGAAGAUCGCCACCAAAGCCAACCCCUGGGACGGGAAGUCGCUGAAGCCAGACAGUCUCCGGGCCCAGCUCGAGACGUCGCUGAAGCGACUGCAGUGCCCGCGGGUGGACCUCUUCUACCUCCACGCGCCCGACCACAACACCCCUGUGGAGGAGACGCUGCGCGCCUGUCACCAGCUGCACCAGGAGGGUAAGUUCGUGGAGCUUGGCCUCUCUAACUAUGCUGCCUGGGAGGUUGCUGAGAUCUGUACCCUCUGCAAGAGCAAUGGCUGGAUCCUGCCCACGGUGUACCAGGGCAUGUACAACGCCACCACCCGGCAGGUGGAAACGGAGCUCUUCCCCUGCCUCAGACACUUUGGAUUGAGGUUCUACGCCUACAACCCCUUGGCUGGGGGCCUGCUGACCGGCAAGUACAAGUAUGAGGACAAGGACGGGAAACAGCCUGUGGGCCGCUUCUUUGGGAAUAACUGGGCGGAGACCUACAGGAACCGUUUCUGGAAGGAGCACCACUUCGAGGCCAUCGCCCUGGUGGAGAAAGCCCUGCAGGCCGCCUACGGCUCCAGCACGCCUGGCAUGACCUCGGCCUCUUUCCGCUGGAUGUACCACCACUCCCAGCUGCAGGGUGCCAGUGGGGAUGCCGUCAUCCUGGGCAUGUCCAGCCUGGAGCAGCUGGAGCAGAACUUGGCAGCAGUGGAGGAAGGUCCUUUGGAGCCAUCGGUGGUGCAGGCCUUUGAUCGGGCCUGGGACGUGGUCGCCCACGAGUGUCCCAACUACUUCCGUUAGGCCCCAGAGGGGCUCAGAUUGCCAAGUUUUUCUGUCACGUCUUUACUCUGAAAACCAGUCUUUGCCUUAAAACGA